AUGUCUCAUGUGCUGGUGUACCCGCUGGUCUCGAAGAGCCUGCGCAACAUCGCGGUGGGGAAGGACCCCCUGGAGGGCCAGAGGCACUGCUGUGGGAUCAGCCGAAUGCACGAGCACCACUCGCUGGGCCACACCGACCUGGACGAGCUGCAGAACCACCCGCAGCCCCUCCUGUUCCGCAUCGAGAUGCUGAAGGUGGAGGAGCCGGGCAGUUACGAGCAGGAAGCCUGGGCCAUGUCCGACGAGGAGAAGCUGGCGGCCGUCCCUCACAUCCACGAGGAGGGGAACCGGCUCUUCAAGGCCGGGCGGGUGCAGGAGGCGACCAAGAAGUACCACGACGCCAUCGCCUGCCUGAAGAACCUGCAGAUGAAGGAGCGGCCGGGAGACGAGCAGUGGAUGGCCCUCGACGCGAUGAUUACCCCACUUCUCCUCAACUACUGUCAGUGCAAGAUGGUGUCGGAGGAGUACUACGAGGUGAUUGAGCACUGCACGUCCAUUCUCAACAAGUACGAAGACAACGUCAAGGCCUACUUCAAGCGAGGGAAGGCACAGGGCGCGGUGUGGAACGAGGCGGAGGCCCGGAAGGACCUGUCCAAGGCAGCCAUGCUGGACCCGAGCCUGGCGUCACUGGUGAGCCGCGAGCUCCGACAGAUCGAGGAGAGGAUCAGGGAGAAGGAACAUGAGGAGAAAUCCCGCUACCGGACCCUCUUUCAGUGACCCCCGAACCUCGCCGAGAGACCGGCCCCUCCUCCAACGCAUCCCCUCCACCCCCACCCCCCCCGCACACCACCCAGAUAAA